GGCCGCUCUAUCCUCCCGUCUCGUUGCUCGGGCACAUGCUCGCUACGCGGGGCCGGCCCGGUUUCUUCGUGGCCUCGUCAGCAGCAGCGGGGAAACGAGGCCUAACGGCAUGGCGCCACCCACAGGUAACGUGGUGGACAGUCAGUCCCCCCGCCCUCCAGCCAACCAGCUGCGUUGGGAUCUGAGCGCUGAGCAGAUCGAACGAAUGGCUGCUGAGCUCACCGAGAGGACCAAGCUGGUGUACGACCGUGUGGGAUCCCAGGAGCAGGGCGAGGUGUCCUAUGAGAACACCCUGAAAGCACUGGCUGAUGUGGAAGUGGAAUAUACAGUCCGUCGGAACAUGCUGGACUUCCCCCAGCACGUCUCUCCAUGCAAAGACAUCCGUGCAGCGAGCACUGAGGCUGACAAGAAGCUCUCGGAGUUCGAUGUGGAGAUGAGCAUGAGGCAGGAUGUGUACCAGAGGAUUGUCUGGCUCCAGGAGAAAGCAGAGAGUGCCUCGCUGAAGCCUGAAGCAAAGAGGUAUCUGGAGAGGCUGAUCAAAUUGGGUAAAAGAAAUGGACUCCAUCUGCCUGAGGAAACACAGGAGAAAAUCAAAGCUAUUAAGAAAAAGCUGAGUGUCCUUUGCAUUGACUUCAACAAGAACCUGAAUGAGGACACCACCUUUUUGCCCUUCUCAAGGGAGGAACUAGGGGGACUCCCUGAGGACUUCUUGAACUCUCUGGAGAAGACAGAGGAUGGCAAGCUGAAAGUCACCUUGAAAUACCCACACUAUUUCCCUCUCUUGAAGAAAUGCUACGUGCCUGAGACGAGGAGGAAGGUGGAGGAGAUGUUCAACUCGAGGUGCAAGGAGGAGAACUGCUUGAUCCUCAAGGAGCUGGUGGAUUUACGGGCUCAAAAAGCCAGUCUGCUGGGCUUCAGCACGCAUGCUGACUUCGUGCUGGAGAUGAACAUGGCUAAAAGCAGCAAGACAGUGGCUACUUUCCUAGAUGAGCUGGCCCAGAAGCUGAAACCCCUUGGGGAAAAGGAACGGGCAGUGAUCCUGGACCUGAAAAAGAAAGAAUGUGAGAAGCGAGGCCUGGAGUUUGACAACCGCAUCAAUGCCUGGGACAUGCGCUACUACAUGAAUCAGGUGGAGGAAACCAAGUACAGCGUGGACCAGAAUCUGCUGAAGGAGUACUUCCCUAUGCAGGUGGUCACCACAGGCCUGCUGGCCAUUUACCAGGAGCUGCUGGGGCUCACCUUCCAUCUGGAAGAGAAAGCUCAGGUGUGGCACGAGGACGUCCAGCUCUACACAGUGAAGGACACCUCCUCCGGGGAGACCAUUGGCAAAUUCUACCUGGAUCUGUACCCACGGGAAGGGAAGUACGGGCACGCUGCCUGCUUCGGUUUGCAGCCAGGCUGCCUCCUGCCAGACUCCAGCCGGCAGAUCUCAGUGGCUGCCAUGGUGGCCAAUUUUACCAAGCCCACACCAGAUGCUCCCUCCUUGCUGCAGCACGACGAAGUGGAGACCUAUUUCCAUGAGUUCGGGCAUGUCAUGCACCAACUGUGCUCUCAGGCGGAGUAUGCCAUGUUCAGUGGGACACACGUGGAGAGGGAUUUUGUUGAGGCCCCAUCACAGAUGCUGGAGAAUUGGGUGUGGGAAAAGGAACCGCUGCUGCGUAUGUCCAGACAUUACAAAACAGGAAACCCCAUUCCUGAUGAACUGCUGGAAAAGCUCAUUAAAUCCCGGCAAGCAAACACGGGGCUGUUCAACUUGCGUCAGAUCGUCCUGGCCAAGGUGGACCAGGCGCUGCACACCCAGACGAAGGCCGACCCUGUGGAGGUGUUUGCACAGCUCUGUGAAGAGGUGCUGGGUGUCCCUGCCACCCCAGGUACAAACAUGCCGGCUACGUUUGGCCACUUGGCUGGAGGUUACGAUGCCCAAUACUACGGCUACCUGUGGAGCGAAGUGUACUCCAUGGACAUGUUCCACACACGCUUCAAACAGGAGGGGAUCAUGAACUGCAAGGUGGGCAUGGAUUAUAGGAAUUGUAUCCUGCAUCCCGGUGGGUCCCUGGAUGCUUCUGACAUGCUGAGGAAGUUCCUGGGCCGUGAUCCCAAGCAGGAUGCCUUCCUGGCCAGCAAAGGACUGAAGGUGGAAAGCAAUUCGCUGCCUUCAGCCUGCUAAGAAGCUGCUCCAGCCCGUUUGAGUCAAGCCAGCUCCUCUGCCUACGCACCAGUCUUCUCAGGCCCAGCAAUACCCGGUACUUCAAUGCAUCCUGGGCUCUCCCCAUUGGAGCUGUGCCUCCAGGAUCCUCCUCUGAGCCCAUCUGGGCAUCCAGACCUGGCUUUGGUCCUUGUCUGGAUGUAGGAAAUUGAAUCCCCUUUGUCACUGCCCAUAAAGGGGAGAUGGGGCUGUGACUUAACCACAAAAGUUAGCUGAACUUUUUACCCGAUUUCUGCAGAAAGGGGUGAGUUUUAGUCUCAUUUUUAGCUGGGGAGGAGGGUGAGAAGUUAGUGAGAAGUCCAAUCAUUGGUUUAAAAUCCCUUAUGAGGCUUCCCAUUGGGCUGGCCUUGUUUUGUGACCGGAGCAGCCUUACUGUUGAGCACAAAACAAACCAGCCUGAGGAGGUUUGAUUAGGAAUCCUUCAUCUCUGGGCAGCUGUGGAAUAAAACAUAGGAAGAUUUCGGUGCUUAAAAACCAAUUGUGUUUGCCACAAUGUCCUGUCCUGAGCUGCUGCAAUGCUCAAUGGGGGGGGGGGGGGGGGGGGGCAGGGUAUGUGUGGGGCAGAGCCCAGGACCUCAUAUGUGGGGUUAUCUUAGGGUAACUGCUGCCCUAAGGGCUCAGGUCAGAGCAGCAGGGUGUGUUGUUGUUGGUGUCAGCUCUAAGCCAGGGUGGGACAGGGUUUGGGGGGGGGAGGGCCAUGGAAAAAAAGCAGGAGGCUUCAAACAGCACAGAUGCUUGGGAUAAAAAUAUCCAGUGGGCCUGGAGCCAUGGGAGGGCCUGGGAGAGGCUGGGCUAUGGGGGACUGCAGCCAGCCCUUUGCUUGGCCUUGAGAGGAGCAUGGCCUUGAGGAGCCCCAUGGCAGUGCCCACAUGCCAUAGGGUGGAAAUAGGCACCUGCAGCUAUUGGAGCUCACACUGCCAUCCCCUGCUGCUCCCUGCCCUUCUCCUCUGGUCCCCAAGCUUCCAGCUGAGCUGUUUCACCCCCUGGUUUGAAAGCUGGGUGAGAAGCAAGACAAAACCCAAGGGGACACGAGAGCCACCUCCAUCCUCCCUCCCCCUGCCAUGAGGAUGGAUCCAUGGGCAGCAAUGCAGCUCCUUGGUGCUCCUCAAUGGGGCCACGUAGGCAUCCUGUCUUUCCCCCCUUGCCCCCCACCCUCUGUUUUAGGCAUAGGUGAGCCCAGGUGCAGGCUGCACAGGGCUGGGUGUGCUCAAACUGACCCUUUUUGAGUGUUAUAACUGUCACAUUUAUCUGAGCUUUCAGGGUUUUCUUCUGCCUCUUUCUCUAAACCAGGCAGGGAAAACAUGCACUUUUCCUCCCUCCUUCCCAUCUAACUUUGUCCCUCCUCUUUAUAACUCGUGUGCGGUCAGAGGUGCUGCUCAUAGGGCUGACCCCAAGGCUCAGUGCUGUCUUGCACCAGGCUCCUUGGAGCUGCACUUUGUGUGUGUCCCCCCCCCCAUAUCCCCACCAGGGAAGAGAGAUCCCACCUGUGGGUUUUCUUGUUUCGUUCUAUUAACCUUUAAGGGCAAACAAACCGGUGUGUGUGUGUGUGUGUGCUGUCUGUAACGGUCACAUCCCUCCCUGCUUGUUUCAAUGACUGGAUUUUAGAUGAUUCCUAGCACUAAUAAACAUUUUCCCCAUGCGGA